AGCGGAAGUACCUCUCCAGCCCGGAACUCGGCGUCUGCGGUACCGGAUAUCCGGCUAGUUUGUAUUUUCCUCUCCAGGCGUGGGGACCCGAAGUGUGAGGAUGUAUGCUGUGUAUCGCCAGGCGCAUCCUCCCACCGGGCUGGAGUUCUCUAUGUUCUGCAACUUCUUCUCUAACUCAGAAAAGAACCUCGUGGUGGCAGGCACAUCCCAACUCUACGUGUAUCGUCUCAACCAUGACGCUGAGAGCUCAUUCAAAGGAGACAGAAGCUCAGAUGGGAGAGGUCACAAGGACAAGCUGGAGCUCAUGGCUUCUUUCUCAUUUUUCGGUAAUGUCAUGUCCAUGGCGAGUGUUCAGCUGGCUGGAGCCAAGAGAGACGCCCUUUUACUCAGCUUCAAGGAGGCCAAGCUGUCCGUGGUAGAAUAUGAUCCUGGAACCCAUGAUCUGAAGACUCUAUCCCUGCAUUACUUUGAGGAGCCAGAGCUGCGGGACGGCUUUGUGCAGAAUGUUCACAUACCCAAAGUUCGUGUGGAUCCCAACGGGCGAUGUGCUGUCAUGCUGAUAUAUGGCACUAGACUGGUGGUACUUCCGUUCCGCAGGGAUUCCCUGGCAGAGGAGCAUGAUGGACCACUGGCAGAGGGGCAGAAGUCCAGCUUCCUGCCCAGUUAUAUCAUCGACGUGCGAGAGCUGGACGAGAAGCUGCUGAAUAUUAUAGACAUGCAGUUCCUGCACGGAUACUACGAGCCCACUCUCCUCAUGCUGUAUGAGCCGAACCAGACCUGGCCGGGGCGUGUUGCGGUACGUCAGGACACAUGCAGCAUUGUGGCCAUUUCAUUGAACAUUCUUCAGAAGGUGCAUCCUGUGAUCUGGUCCCUCUCCAGCUUACCCUAUGACUGUAUCCAGGCCCUGGCUGUCCCCAAACCCAUAGGUGGCGUGGUAAUCUUUGCAGUUAAUUCAUUGCUGUACCUGAAUCAGAGUGUCCCUCCCUACGGAGUGUCUCUCAACAGUCUGACUAAUGGUACCACCUCCUUCCCCCUCAAGCCGCAGGACGGCCUCCGGAUAAGUUUGGAUUGUUGUCAGGCGACGUUUGUCUCGUAUGACAAGAUGGUGAUAUCUCUGAAGGGAGGAGAAAUCUAUGUCCUGACGCUGAUCACAGACGGGAUGCGCAGUGUUCGCUCUUUCCACUUUGACAAGGCCGCAGCAAGUGUACUUACCACAUCGAUGACGCUGAUGGAGUCUGGGUAUCUGUUUUUGGGGUCACGUUUGGGCAACUCACUGCUCCUCCGAUACACAGAGAAGGUUCAGGACAGCCCCUCUGGCUCCAGCAAGGACUCCGACAAGCUGGAUGAACCCCCCAGCAAGAAGAAACGAGUGGACUCCUCUCUGGCCCGGCCUGGCAGUAAAGGGGCCAUGUUGGAUGAGAUAGAUGAGAUCGAGGUAUACGGCAGUGAAAUGCAGUCUGGCACUCAGCUCUCCACAUACUCCUUUGAGGUAUGCGACAGUAUUCUAAACAUUGGACCCUGUGCUAUGGCUUCCAUGGGAGAGCCCGCCUUUCUAUCUGAGGAGUUUCAGAACAGCCUGGAGCCAGACCUUGAGAUUGUCUUGUCUUCUGGAUAUGGAAAGAAUGGAGCUUUAUCUGUACUUCAGAAAAGCAUCCGACCCCAAGUUGUGACGACCUUUGAACUUCCUGGCUGUCAUGAUAUGUGGACGGUGAUCUCUGCUCACAAGAAGGACGAGUCUACUGAAGGAGGCGCGGGCGCUGUUGACCUAGACGAAGAGGAGGCAAAAAGCCGCCAUGGGUUCCUGAUCUUGAGUCGUGAAGACUCCACUAUGAUCCUCCAAACAGGACAAGAGAUUAUGGAGCUGGACAACAGUGGGUUUUCCACCCAGGGCCCGACCGUAUAUGCUGGCAAUAUAGGAGACAAUAAAUACAUUGUGCAAGUGUCCCCACUGGGAAUUCGCCUGCUGGAAGGAGUGACUCAGCUGCACUUUAUCCCGGUGGAUUUGGGUUCCCCCAUCGUACACUGCGCUGUGGCGGAUCCGUAUGUGGUUAUUCUUAGCGCUGAAGGUCAGGUUUCAAUGUUCCAACUGAAAGGCGACACCUACGGGAGCAAAAGUCACAGACUAGCCCCUCAGAAACCGAAUCUGCAUUAUCAAUCUAAGGUCAUCGCUCUCUGCGUUUAUCGGGAUGUAAGCGGCAUGUUCACCAAAGAGACCAAGUCAUCACAGGCGAGGGAUGAGAGCGCCGGCCAGACUCUGUCCGAUGGAGAUGGUCUAAAUCAGGACCUCAGCCACUCAGUAGAUGAUGAGGAUGAGAUGCUGUAUGGGGACUCGGGACUCCUGUCCAGCCCCAGUAAGGAGGAGCCGCGCCGGAGCAAUAUGCCAUCUGCCGACAAGGAUUCUUCCCAGUAUAAGACUGAGCCGACACACUGGUGUGUCUUAGUGAGGGAGAGCGGGACAAUGGAGAUUUACCAGCUCCCCGAUUGGCGCUUAGUUUUUCUGGUGAAGAACUUCCCUAUGGGGCAGCGAGUUCUUGUGGACAGUUCUUUUGGGCAGCCAAGUGCUCAGGGAGAGAGCAGGAAAGAGGAGGUUACCCGGCAGGCUGAUAUGCCCUUGGUGAAAGAGGUCCUACUUGUUGGAUUGGGAAACCGCCAAAGUCGUCCCUAUUUAUUGGUCCUUGUGGAUGCAGAACUCCUGAUUUACGAGGCUUUUGCCUUUGACUCUCAGCUUGGCCAGGGGUAUCUUAAAGUUCGAUUCCGGAAGGUUCCACACAACAUUCAUUUCCGGGAGAAGAAGAGGCAGUCUAAGAAGAAGUGUGAAGGAUCCAGUGAGGAUUUCGGGGCCCGUGGCCGUGUAGCCCGCUUCCGCUACUUCCAGGAUAUCUACGGAUACUCUGGGGUGUUCAUCUGUGGGCCGUCUCCUCACUGGCUACUGGUCACCUCUCGGGGCGCCCUGCGUUUACAUCCCAUGACUAUCGAUGGUUGUAUUGAAUCGUUUGCUCCCUUUCACAACGUCAACUGCCCCAGAGGCUUUCUCUACUUCAACCGACAGGGGGAGUUACGGAUCAGUGUUCUUCCUGCGUAUUUAUCCUACGAUGCUCCGUGGCCAGUGAGGAAGAUCCCCCUGCGCUGUACAGCACACUACGUGUCCUAUCACGUGGAAUCCAAAGUGUACACGAUUGUCACCAGUGUGAACGAUACGUGCACGCGAAUCCCUCGUAUGACCGGGGAGGAGAAGGAGUUUGAGACGAUAGAGCGAGAUGACCGGUAUAUCGCACCUCUGCAGGAAGCAUUUUCCAUCCAGCUUAUCUCACCCGUCAGCUGGGAAACCAUUCCAAACACCAGGAUAGAUCUGGAGGAGUGGGAGCAUGUCACCUGCAUGAAAACUGUGAACCUGAAGAGUGAGGAGACUGUGUCUGGUCUGAAGGGGUACAUCGCAGUGGGGACCUGCCUGAUGCAGGGAGAAGAGGUGACCUGUAGAGGGCGGAUCCUGAUCAUGGACAUCAUUGAGGUGGUGCCGGAACCUGGACAGCCACUUACCAAGAACAAGUUUAAGGUCCUUUAUGAGAAGGAGCAGAAAGGCCCAGUUACAGCCCUUUGUCACUGUAAUGGCUACCUGGUGACCGCUAUUGGCCAGAAGAUCUUUCUUUGGAGUCUCAAGGACAAUGACCUGACUGGUAUGGCCUUCAUAGAUACCCAGCUAUACAUCCACCAGAUGAUCAGUGUCAAGAACUUCAUAUUGGCUGCCGACCUCAUGAAGAGUAUUUCUCUGCUGCGCUACCAGGAGGAGAGCAAAACCUUGUCGUUGGUCAGCAGGGAUGUGAAGCCACUUGAGGUGUAUAGUAUCGAAUUCCUUGUGGAUAACUCUCAGCUUGGAUUCCUGGUAUCUGAUCGAGACAGGAACCUACUACUGUACAUGUAUCUUCCAGCAGCAAAGGAAAGUUUUGGGGGACUGCGUCUUCUGAGACGUGCAGACUUCCAUGUGGGGUCCCACGUCAAUGCUUUCUGGAGGACACCGUGCCGUGGGACCAGUGAAGGGUCAAGUCGCAAAACAGCUCUGUGGGACAACAAGCAAAUCACUUGGUUUGCGACCUUAGAUGGAGGAGUAGGACUACUGCUUCCCAUGCAGGAGAAGACUUACCGGAGGCUACUCAUGUUACAGAAUGCUCUGACCACCAUGUUACCGCACCAUGCUGGCCUGAACCCCCGGGCAUUCAGGAUGUUGCACAACAGCCGCCGCACUCUCCAGAACGCUGUGCGGAACGUUCUAGACGGGGAACUCCUAAACCGAUACCUGUAUCUCAGCACCAUGGAACGUAGCGAGCUGGCCAAGAAGAUAGGAACCACAACCGACAUAAUUCUGGAAGACUUGCUGGAAAUCGAGAGAGUGACGUCACAUUUCUGAGAGCCAUCAGAGGGGGCAGAAAUUUGUAUAGGUUUUUUUUUAUUAUUAAUAUGAACAUUUUCAAAACGUUUCUGUUUUAUGAACUCUGUGGAACGUUGGUGCACAUUACGCCCGCCGACGUGCGGGUCCCUAACUGGUAACUGUAGGUUUGAAGGAAGAAUCACAGACAUUUUAGAUGUUAUUUUUGUAAAUACAACAAGGUCAUUUCAUAA